UUCAACCAAUCAGAUGAAAGAAGAGACGAAGAACAAAGCUUCACCGAGUCGAGCACCUGCAGUGAGUGGUGCACAGCAAUGAACAAUGCAGAUCUGUUUAUGAUGGAAUCCCCUGCAUUUCCACCCAACCCUGGCCAUAUGCCUGGAGGCCCCAUGAUGUACCCCCCAGGGUUCAAUGUUCCAGAUCCUGGAUUAAUUAAACAAGAGCCAGUGGAGAGUGUGCAAAAGAAAAAGAGAGGAAGAAAGAAAAAGGAAGAAAGUCAGGACAAAAUAACAGACCACAUGCCUACGAAAAAGAAGAAAAGAGACAGAUUUAAUGGAAUGAGUGAGGACGAAGUUAUGAAAAGGGAGCUACCAGACCACUUACAGGAAAAUCUGGACAUACUCAUUGUUGGUAUUAACCCAGGAUUAUGUGCUGCCUAUGUGGGACAUCACUAUGCCGGACCUGGAAACCAUUUCUGGAAGUGCUUGUUCCUAUCGGGAUUAAUCCCAGAACAGCUGAAUGCCUACGAUGACUAUAAACUCGUGAAGUAUGGGAUUGGGUUUACUAACAUUGUUGCCAGGACAACUAGAGGAAGUGCUGAUCUGACAAGGAAAGAAAUAAAAGAAGGAGCUCUUAUAUUACAAGAGAAAAUUAAGAAAUACAAACCAAAGAUUGCAGUAUUUAAUGGCAAAGGUAUUUAUGAAGUUUUUGUUGGCCAUAAGAACUUUGCCUUUGGGAAGCAACCAGAGGCUUUUUCAGGAACUGAAACCCUUGUCUAUGUGAUGCCGUCCUCUUCCGCAAGAUGUUCACAACUUCCAAGGGCCAUUGACAAAGUUCCGUUCUACACAGCUUUAAAGAAACUUCGCGACUAUUUACGUGGAGAUCUAGAGAAACUAGAUGACUCCGAAGUUUGUUUUCCUGAUGUUGAACUCAAGGUUGUGAAGAAAGAACCCAAGAAGGAACAGGCAGAUGAAGAUUCCAAGAGCAGCCCUCCUCUGUUUAGUGACCAACCAGGGACCAUGAUGUCCCCUCAACAAAUGGACCAGAGAAACUUCCCUCAACCAAACAGACAAAAUAUUUGUCACCCUAGCAAUCCAAAUUUCAUGGGCAUCAAGCAAGAGCCAGGAUUUUCUCCACAGGAAUAUGGUGGACAUAUGUCUGGUUGUGCUCAGAAUAACUUCACAGGUCCCAACAUGUCCACACAUCAGAUGUACAAUAACCAGUUCCCUCAAGGAAAUUACUCUCCGCAGCAAAUGUCUCAACAAGGAGUGUUAGCAUCAAACAAUCAACAGGGCCCUGGAUUCCAGGGGAACUUCCAGUCAGAAGCUUACAGACAGCAGGGCUUCCACCCUAAUCAGACCUUCACACAGGCCAUGGCAAUGUCGUCACAAAUGACCUUUCAUCAAGGAGGUCAAAACUUUCAAAUGAGUGGUCAGUAUGCUAUGUCAAUGUCUUCAUCUUGGACAGGACAAGUACAGGUCAAACAAGAACCACAUGACUGGUCUUCCAACAUUCCAGCUUACAAUAAUUCAAUGCUUCAAGGAAAUGAUGCUCAGACACAAUCAAGCAAUCCAUUGCAGAUGCUGGAAAAUCUUAGUCAAGGACUCAAUAGUAAUGCCUCUCCUAAUUGUACUGGAAACACUUUAAGUUUGUCCCAAUCACCCAUUCAGUCUAAUAGUAACUGUAUUCAAGGUGUUCCCAACAGUUUCUAUGGCAGUCAAAGCUAUUCUCAGGGAAAUGGACUGUCUCAGCCUCAAGGGCAUUAUGGGAAUGCACAAAUGCAUCAUGGGAGUAUUCCCGAUGAAGUUCCUCUUCCCCCAAGCCAGAGUCCUAUACACAUUCCUGAUAUUAUACAGGACUUGCCUCCUUCACAUGGGACUGACACACCUGUCAAUCAAGCUUUUAAGGCCACCCACUCCCUUGGUAGCCCACCCCCUCAACUUCCUAUUGUCAAAUCAGAGCCAAAAGAUUUUGCCACAGAUACAUCAUGCCCAUUUUCCAAGUAGCUUAAGUAGAUCAAAUUAAGUAUUUUGUACAGGAAGAAGUACUGUAGUUGUUGCACUGAUAUAAUUGUUUGUUUAGGAUUUUACACUGACUUUUGAGAAGAAAGUACAUAAUCCAAAUAAUCCCAAAGUUGUAGUAUUUAUUUCUACUUUGCUCUGGCCAAAAAUGUGUAUUGCAAAGAAUUAUAGAAAAGUGUAAUACCUAAUAGCAGAAUAGAUAUGAAAUUUUGUACUCCAUUUGAAGAUGAGACAUGAAUAAGUCAUAUUGUGACAUGAUGGGGUAGAAUUAUUUGAUCUAAACCUGUAUUCUUUAUUUAAAUACAGUUGUUAUAACAGGGAAAAAAGUUUGAAAUGUUUAUAAAAGCUAUAUAUUAUUUUGUAUAUGUCAAGUGAAUAGAGAGAGUGAGAGAGAGAGCCACAUUGUAGAGAACAGACUCUAGAAGAACAUAUUUUUAGCUGCUUUCUGUUUAUAGGGCUUCCAGUGGACUGGAAAAACUAAAACAAGGAGAUAAAAUACUAUUUGUGUUUUUUUCCAAUAAUAUUCUGUUUUUAAUGCUUAUUAGCUGAAUUUUGUUCGAUUGUUAGUUGGCAUUGGGAAUUGUACAGCAAAUUAUUUUUGUUGCUGAAAAUAUUAAACAAUCAUGAUCAUCUAAAUUAUAAACUAAACUGGGCAAAGAAUUCAAUUUUUCUAACAGUAAUGUGCAAAUUACAUGUGUGCAAUUGUUGCACCAUUGCACAGUUUUAUUAUAUGACCAAUAAUAUAAAAAGAACGUCUUCUCCUAUGAAAUCGUUUGAGUGUGUUUAUUAUGCUUAUUUAUUAUACCAGGUUUAUAGAUGUAUACUUCCUGUAUAAGUAAUGGCUUCUGAAAUAAUGUAUGUUUGGAACCAGACUCGAGAUUUUUUUGUUGGUUGAUGUUUAUUAUGAAAUAAUUAUGGGAAAUGAAAUAGUAUUAGAGAUGACUAAGUGUCAAAAUUAUUGAUCCCUUUCAACAUGAUCUGCUAUUUUUCUAAUAAGCAUUUUUUAAUAUAUUUGUAAAACUGCAUUAAGACAUUUUCAAAGUAACAGAAAAUAUCAUUUUAAAAUCUGCUCAGUAAUCUUUUUGCAUACUGAAAAAAUACAUGUACCCAUGUAAAGUUUGUGUUUAUGCUGAUGUACCCGAAAUGUUUAUAAACAGUAAAUUAUUUUAUAUUUAUUAUAUGCAAAGAUAUUAUGAUCUCUUCAUUUUCAGACAUAUCGUUCUAAGACACUCCUGUCUAGUCAGUAUUUUAACUUAUUUUUUUCAUUGAUUCUCAUAUCUUCAUUAUAAUUUUGCUAAAAUAUAUUCUGAAGCAGAGGUAUUGAACACAUUGAGUUUUUAGGAGAACAAUGGAAUAUUAUGAAAAUGAAUAUUAAGAAUGGUGAAAUAUGUAUAUUUUCAUUCAAGUUGAAAUUAAAGCAUUAAUUAUGAUUUAUUUUUUGAGUUGUAAAAGAUGUCAAUUCAUGCAUCAUUUAAUAUUGUGCAUUUAUUUUACAUUAUGAAAAUUGUAUCAUUAUAAUGUCAUUUGUUUU